AUGUUCAAAAGAGGACCAGGGAGGCAAAAAAAACUUAGAAGAAGGGAACCUGAUGAAUCAAAUGCAACUAAGCGAAAAAGAACAAAUAUUACUCAUAGCUGCAAGACAUGUUUGGAUUAUGGUCACAACACUAGUACAAGUAAGAAGAACAAACAUAUUUUUCUACACAAGAACCAAAAUAUUAUAAUAAAUGAAAUACCUACACAGGCAAGUCAGACUAGAAAUGUUCAAAAGGAAACAUCAAAAAAGAGGAGACCUAAGGGGUUAUUGAAUAAGAAAGGCAAAGGGGCUCCAAGUGAGGCACCAAGUCAUGUAUUAAUGCAAGAUGCUCAGGCUGCACCACCUCUAGUCACAGAUCAGAUCAAUGAGACACCAAAUCAGGCACCAAUGCAAGAUGCUCAAGCUGUACUACCUCUAGUCACAGAUCAGAUCAAUGAGGCACUGAGUCAAGCAUAA